CAGGAAGUGAAUAAGAUCAAAGAGUUUCCGCAUAGAAACGACAGUCGCACCAUGGCAACAGCGCGGCUGAGCUUCCUCUGCGUCUUCCUCUGCGUCUUCCUCUGCGCGACUUCAGCGCGAGACUUCAAGUUAAAGUUUAAAGCUGCGACCAAACCUGUGCGGUUAUUCACCGAGGAGGAGCUGAGGAGAUACGACGGCAGCCAGGACUCUGAGCCGGUGUACAUGGCAGUGAAAGGAGUCGUGUUUGAUGUCACCACAGGAAAAGAGUUUUAUGGUAAAGAUGCUCCGUACAACGCCCUGGUGGGAAAGGACUCCACUCGGGCUGUGGCUAAGAUGUCCCUGGACCCGGCAGACCUGACAUCAGAUACUACCGGCCUCAGUGAGGAGCAGCUCCAGUCUCUGGACAGUAUAUUUGAAGGCACGUACAAGACAAAGUAUCCCAUCGUGGGUUACACAGCGUCACGCAUCCUCAAGGACGACGGGAGUCCCGACGAAGACUUCAAACCAGAGGACCAGCCUCAUUUUAAAAUCAAAGAUGAGUUUUAAUCUCAUUUCCUGGAGUUAAUAUCGUCUUAUUUUGAAGGCGUUUCUAUUGUCUUUUUUUACUCAUUUCUGUUUACUCAAGCUGAAUCAGAAUCAAAUAUACCAAGUGCAAUACAUGUAGAGACGAACAAUAUACGUGUGAUAGAGAGAUUGUAUUCAUAUUUACUUGAACUCGGGGUUGACAUGGUUCUUUAUCAGCUGUGAGAGCUUUAUUGUUUAAAUAUUAUAAUGCACUCAAGAAACCAUUUCAAGACACCUUUUUUAAAAAGUUUUUUGAUAUAAGUCUCAGCUGUCAAUCGUGAAAUAACUCAUUAAAAUCAGACUUAUCAGAAACAUGAACACUUGAACAAAUGAAAACUAA